AUGGAAUUUGCCGCGCGCGGGGACGAGCGCGAAGGACCGAUUGCGGUGAAGGACCGCAGGUUAGGGACCGAUCGCCGCCGCUCACGCCAGCGGACGGUCUUCGUCAGUGAUGUUAGCUACGCCACCGUCUACCUCGUGCGCAAUGCGCUCGCCGGCAUCGAGCGAGCAACGUGUUCGACCGAGCGGCUUGCUGUGCGGACGGCUUCUUGUGGCUCUCGUCGAGAGCGUUUUGCGGCCCGGCGGGUGGGAGAGCAUGUGUCGUCUGAUGUGUCACUGAAGACCGCCGUACGGCAAGAAGAGCUCGAUGGGGAGCGAGAACCGUCAGAGGUGCUCACGGAGGUUUCGGAACCUUUCUGCGCCUCCGUCUGGGCAUAUCGGCUGCUCGGCAAGAGCAGUCUUUCCGGAAGAUAUCGACGGUUUUCGAGAGCCACCCGCUUGGGAGCGAUUGAGCGCGUCACGGAGGACUUCAGGAAGCCGCUCGUCGGACAGGCGUGCUCGCUUGAUGUCGGCGAGCGCAUUGCGCACGCUUUGAACGGUGGCGAAGCCAAAAACACCGAUGGUGGCCGUCCGCCGGCGUAUGCGGCGGCGAUCGGUAACCAAAAAAGCACGAUUCUGAAGUUGGGCCCUCAACCUGCCUCCUGA